AUGUGGCAUCGUUCCAAGAAGAAGCAGCAGAACGCGCCCCUGCUGCAGCGGCUGACGUGUCUGUGGCAGGUGCAGACAAGUGUCGCGCAGGGACUGGCUGCGACCUCGCUGCAUGCGGAUGGGUUUGCUGCUACUGCUGAUGUGGCAGUAGGAGAAGGAGAAGGAGGAGGAGUUGGAGGAGGAGUUGGGUCAGCGUGGGGACGGCCGAAGGGCGAUGACGAUGGGGAGGGUGCGGAGGAGGAUGGUGAGGAUGAUGAGGAGGAAGAAGAGGACGAUGAUGCGGUGUCUGUUGUUGAUCUGCCACACCCUGCACCUGUGCUGGCAGUCCAGUGGAGGCCACAAGAUACAGCCUCCAAGCCUUUGUCUUCUUCUGGAGUAGGUGCAACUAGUGCAGGUGGAGCUGGAACGGGUGGAUCAGGUUCGGCGCCGUACCACCGUCCGAUCCUGUUGACCUGCGCUGAAGAUGGCACAGUACGGCUCUGGAUGGAGAUUGACAGUGGCAGCAGUCGAGCCAAGGCUGGAGGCUCGGCAGGAGCAGCAGGUUCGGGGAGCCGGGCCGGGAGCAGAUUGAGCUCGCCGAAGCACCCUGGGAGCAGCAGGUACGGGAACCAGAACGAGAAUCCGAACCUGGAGGCUGGGUUCGGUCAGAAGAGAAGGAAGGGGGCUGAGAGGCAAUCAUCUGAAGAGGGGAGAUGGGCGCCCUCUCCUGCUUUCUUUGUCUGCGCUGUUGUUGACGGAAAUAUGACUCUUGGAGGGAGGUUGGGAAUGGAUAUAUCUGUGCUGUGGGCAAAGGAGGUUCGGGUGGGUGAUGGGAGUAAGAGUGUGAGUGUGGGAGGAGGGGGAGGGGGAGCGGCAGGAGGAAAGGGGUCAUUUGGGGUUGAGGUGAUUCAGGGAGGUGACGUGGCGCCCUGUGAGUGGCUGGUUGGCGUGGGGCCACGUGGGACUGUGGUUCUCUGGGCGGUGUUUUGCCUGGAUGACACGUCACCGCCUCGCUGUCCGCGCGUGAUGAUGUGGCAGCAGGCAACUGGCGUUCUUCAGGACAAGGCUCUCAACCACAACAACCACACCCACCUUCAGACUUACAGCAAUCACACCCACCCUUCCAACCCCACAACCCACCUCAUAUCAGCCAUCGUGCAAAGAGUCACCGGCCAGUCCGGGAGCCCUCCAAUGGCUGUCGAAAUCGCAGAGAAGCUGCCUGGAAGCUUCAUGCGCUGGUCUCGCCUGUGGCCACCCGUGCUAGCGAUCGGAGCGGGGGGGAAGCUGGGGGGCAGGAUUGGUGGCAACUCCACGGAUGGGCAUGGGGCAACAGGGGGUGUCGGAGGAGGGGCAGCACAGCAUGGCAGUAUGGGCUACAGCAGCCACAACAGCAGCAGCAGCAGUCACAUGGGCAACAGCGGCGGAGCGAUUGCGAGCAGCAGGAGGGCAGCAUGGGGGUCUGUGAGUCAGCACGUGCAUCUGGCAGGGCACAGAGGGGCGAUCACAGAGGUAGCGGUUCACCCAGCACCAGGAUUCCCUCUUGCCGCUACCUUAGAUGCCCAUGGUAACACUCUCCUGUGGGGCCCUCGUGCCCCUCCCUGGCUCCCCCUCCUCACGGAAAUCCCAGAAGGUGCUUCUAACGAGUGGGUUCUGCUGGGGUCGCUUCCGCCAGCUGUCCCAGGCAGUGGAGGAGGUGGAUAUGAGAGGGGUUUUGCACGGCUGGCAUGGGCGCCUGUGCUGCUGCCAGGUGGCGCCAGCGUACUGGCUGUUGCUGGCGUGGGGAGUGUGGAUCUGUAUCUAGUGAGGCGCGUGUGUGAAGGUAGGGAGGGAGAGCAUGCAGGGGGGAAUGAGCACCAUGGGGAUCAUGGGGGUUAUGAUGGUGAUGCAGAGGAGGAGCGUGCAGAGUGCAGGUGGCUCUGUGCUCUCACUGCCCCGAAUGCAUCGCCAGAGGAAGCUUCUGUUGGUGCUGCAGUUGCUGCUACAGCCGGUCCGUUCCUGGGUGUUGCCUGCCUGCCUCACACACCCCACUCUGCCGCCCAUUCUGCAUCCUCAACUCAGACGAGUUCAACAGCUGCUGGUCUGGCCGGAUUAGGCAGAGGAGAGAGGAGGGGGGUUCGGGUGGUGGGCGUGGGGCAGGGCGGGCUGUGUGUGUGCGUGUGGGCCGUAGAGAUUUGCAUUCAGAGGGGUGAAGUAAGGGCGAGCGUGCACACAGAUGGGGAGGCGGAAUCUAGGGUUACCACUACAGAUCAAGGAAAGGCAGGGGUGGGAGGGGAAGGAGGGGAAGGAGCGGAGGGAGCAGAGGGAGCAGCAUGGGAAGAGAACGCUGUGAGCUGGCUGGUGGGUGUGCAUGGAGCAGGGGGCAGAGGGGACGGAGAGGAGGAAGCAGGCGAAGGGGGCGAGCAUAAUGAGCAAGCACCUCAUGGACUGCAUUCUGUGCCGUAUGCUGCUGCAGGCAUAACAGCUGUAACGACAAGCACACGUGUGAUCAGGUUCCCCAGCAGCCGUCAAGUCACGUGCCUGCACUGUGCGCCUGUGAAUGACUCAAUAUGGGCGUCUCCACUAAAAGCACAAGGUGCUUCGCAUCAGAGAGGAAGGGAACAUGCCGCUGCUGACGGUACUGGGACUGCUGGUAGUGCUGGUGCAUCUGGCUCUUCUGACUUGCAGGCGUUGCAAGAGAUGUUGAGUCGAAGGGGGUGGUUGGAGGAGGCUGGCGGUUUGCUUGCUGGGACAGGAGCUAGUUCUGCUGCUUCUGGGCAGUUUGAAUCCGGGCAGUCUGGAUCUGGGCAGUUUGGUGCACGUUUUGGGCUGCCCGAGGGGAAGCACGAGGAGGGGAGGGAGGAGGGUUCGCCCUCUGCUGAUGAUGUAGCCGGUAUUGGGGGUGGCGGUGGCAGUGGCACUGCUGCAGCUGGUUCGGGUCAGGAUCGGGGAAGCGUGUAUCAGGAAUGGAAUCGGUCCGGGGGAAGGAUCCAGGAAGCUUCUACAGGGAGGCGCGAUUCAGCGGAGGUGGCAGGGGCGGGGGGGUGGAAGGCCCCGGGGUGGGCGGGGUGGGUGGAGGUGGGGCGGGUGGAGCUGGGGGAGGUGGGAUUCGUGCGGUGCUUGUCGUGGGCCCCACAGGGGUUGCUGCUGGCUGGGACGGGGCAGCAGCUGCUGGUGAUCAGCCCGGUGAUGCGAGCCGAGGCAGCAGUAGUGGCAGUCGGAGCAGCAGGGGAAGGCGUAGGGUCAGCAGGGUCUGGUGCAGCUGAUGUGGCUCCAUCAGCAGCAGCAGCAGGGGGAGGUGGUGGAGGAGUAGUCAGGGCAGGGUUCACAGCAGGCAAGGCUGGGAUUGGGUUUGCCUAUUCCAGAGAGCCAUCAGCAGCAGACCUGUCCCUCUCCAUCUCCCCUUGGAUCUCCCCUGCCACUUCCCACCUCAGCCUCACCUCUAUGUCCCACAUCAGCCUCACUGACCUUGCAGUUGUCGCCUCUCGAAGCGGCAGGUCUGGGGCUGGCGCGCAGGCUCGGCCCGUGGCUCGGGUGUCCAGCCGCCUGUCUCUGCCGUUGUCAGCUUCGGACCCGGCUCUAGCAGCCGCUCAGAGUGUUCUGGCUGGGGCAGGCACAGCAGGGACAGGCGCAGGAGCAGGAAUAGGGUCAGGAGCAGCAGGGGCAGCAGGGGCAGGAGGGGGAGGAGGAGGGGGAAGGGCAGGGGUGCUGGGAGGGGGUCGGGUGAUGCCAUACACUCCGUCUGCUCCCAACUUCGGUCUCCUGGUUAGCCCUGCAAGGCGUGACGCUAGCAGCAGUGGGGGGCGGUUCACCAGCGGAACAGGAACGGCAGGAGGAGGAGGAGGGGCAGGAGGAGGAAGUGAGAUUCCAGAUGGAGGGCUGGGUGCUGGUUCGGAGGAUGUGAAAGUAUCCGCGUUGGUUCGUGCGCUGGACGGCAGCGGGCGGCUGUUGCUGUCCGAUGCGGUGGCAGCAGUGGCAUCAGUCGUCCCAGAUUACCACCCCACAGUCAUCUGGACUCUACUCAACCAGGGGCUGCUGCCAUCUGCACGUGCAUGCAUCCGCCACCUCUCGCGCUCCCUCGCUGCAGCCCAAGCCAAGGCUCACAGUGCUCACAGUCAGCAGCAGAACAAGGGUUUCUUCUCUCAGACCUGCCUUGUCUCCUCUUCCUCCUUCACUAGUUCUUGCGUCUCUCCAUGUGUUCCUUAUUCUCAGCUGUGUCUCCCUGAAGCCUCUUCCUCUGCCUCCAGUGCACCCGCCGCGAAGGCUGCUACUGCUUCUGCCUCGUCUGGGCGUUUGUCAGGGGGGUUUGGAGGGGAUUUUGGGGGUUUUGGAGGGUCUGGAGGGGGCUUUGCUGGGUUCAGCAGCACAGGAGAAAGCAGCAUGGGAAGCAGGUCUGGUGGGGUUGGUGGGGGCGUUGGAGGGGGGACUAGUGCUAGGGCGAGUGGUGGUGGUGGUGGUGGUGGAGGGUCCAAGCAAGCAUAUAAUCCUUUUAGUCUCGUGAACGUGAGGAGUGCUUUGGAUGACAGUGAUGGGGAGGAGGAGGGGGAAGAGGUGGACGUGGGAGGGAAGAGAGGGUCAGCUGGAGCAGGAGAGAGCAGCAAGGGUGCUGAUAGUGGCGGAGGAGGAGGAGGAGGGUUGGGAGUGAAGGGUAGUGGCGUUGUUCCACCUGCAGUGCUGCGGUGGCAGCAGUUGCAGCAGCGGGUGCUGGUGGGGGGGCAAGCUCCUUUCACAGAGGCCGAGGCAACAGCCAUCUUCCAGGUGCUAUCUGAGGCAGGCGGGACCUGCAGCACCGGUACCUCCUCUGGUGUUGGUAGUGGUACACGGGUGGCUGGUGUGCUUGGGUUGACUGCUGGGGAGGCGGGCAUGGUGGUGGUACUGUUAGACGUGCUUGCAGCCAUGGAUGGGGUGGGCGUGAAGGAGGAGGAGGAGUUGCAACAGCCUGAGGGCGGUGGUUUAUCAUCGUCAGCAGUAGCAGCAGCAGCGUCAGUGGCACGAGCAGUCAAGGCUCUGGAUGAGCCAGGGAAAAGGUUCUGGCUGGCGCUGCAGCUCUCUCGUGCAUCAAAGAAACACCAGAAACGCCGCGCCGAUGCUGCCGCAGCAGCUGAAAAGGCCGCCUCGGCAACAACCACCAGAGCAGGAGCAGCAGCCUCAUCCUACGGCUCUUCCACUGACCAUAGGCUCAGCAGCAGCAGGGGAGGUUCAGCAGGUGCAGGUGGGCUUGGGCAGCAGCAGCAACAGCAGGGGCAAGGGCAGGGGCCACAGCAGCAGGGGCAGGGGCAGCAGGAGGGGCAGCUGGAGUUGGAGUCACGUGCAGUGGCAUGGGCGGUGCACACGGAGUCAGUGGGUGAUGUCGUGAAUGCAUGCCUGGAUGAUGCCGACAAGCCCACCUGGGCAGGGCUCAGGGCGCUGGGCGUGGGCGCUGCUGGUUCUACGCCCUUGCCACCCGUUACAUCUCUUUCCCUCUCUUACCAUACCACUCUUUUCCCGCCCCUCUCUACAUCAGAUGCAGCAGGUAGCAAGGACGCUGCUCUACAUACUGCUGGACCGACUUUUGAGACGUCUCAAAAGACCUCUCUUACCAUACCACUCUUUUCCCGCCCCUCUCUACAUCAGAUGCAGCAGGUAGCAAGGACGCUGCUCUACAUACUGCUGGACCGACUUUUGAGACGUCUCAAAAGACCUCUCUUACCGUCUCUUCCCGUCCCGUCCCUUCCCAUGCAAAUCUCCCCUCCUCUGUGCACCUUCUCUUCCCUUCUCUCUGUCAAUCUCUCCCCCCAAAUCCAGAUGGAGCGGGUAGCACGGGCGCAGUACCAGCAGAGGCGGGAUCCCAAGGACUGUGCGCUGCUCUACAUGGUUCUUGACCGCCGCUCCGUGCUGCACGGGCUGCUCAAGCUGAGUCGCGACGACCGCGACAAGAAACUGGUGGAUUUCCUGGGGAGGGACUUCACAGUACGGCUGUUCCGAUCCAACCACUGCUUUACCCCGGAUACCCCACUUCCCCGUCUGCCCCACCCCUACCCCCUCCUUCCAACUGCUUCUCCUGCUUCCAUUCCCACCCACUAUUCAUCCUCACAGGAGGAGCGGCACCGAGCAGCAGCACUGAAGAAUGCAUAUGUGUUGCUGUCGCAGCACCGCUUUGACCUCGCAGCCACCUUCUUCCUCCUCGGAGAAGACAUCCCCUCCGCCGCCUCUGUGUGUGCCCGCAACCUCAACGACCCCCAGCUCGCACUCGUGCUGUGCCGGCUGAGGGAGGACAAGGCGGGGGCGGCAGCAUAUUCAAAGGAUGUGAUUCAGCGCCUGCUGCUGCCGGAUGCUGUUUCCAAAGGGGAUGCCUGGAUGGUUUGCACGCUCAAGUGGCUCAUGGGGCAAAAGCUCGAAGCCCUACAAGUCCUUGUCCUGUCCUCCCACCAGAACACCAACACUCCCUCCCUCACUCGCUCCUCCUCCUCCACCGCGAACACUGCCAGCUCAGCACUCACCCCGUCCCACCCCGCCACGUCAGCAGCCGAGCCAGCUGGCGCUGAGGUGGCAGCGUUCUGCGCCACAGUGGCAAAGAAGCCAGGGCUAGGGGAGGAGACAGAGGCGGUGCAGAGACUGGCAGAAGUGGCAGCAGUUGAGGCUGUCAGUGGGGGGGACCACAUGGGACUUGUGCUGCAGUCUGUGCUCGAAAUCACCAAGCAGAGGGGCUUGGGUCCGGUUCCGAGUGGUGCUGGUCAGGCGCAGAGCGGUGCUGGUGGUUUCAGUGGUGGGGCGUUGGAUUUCCGAGGCAUGGGAGUAGGGUCAGGCAGCAAGGGCGCUUUAGGUUCGGGUGAAGCCGGGUUGAGUGUGGCCACAGCAAUGGCUCAGAUGGCAAUGGUGGGGAAGACAGUAGGGGCUGUGCCAGCAGUGGUGGGGGAGGGAUGGGUGGUGCCUGCAGUGGUGGCAGCAGUGCAAGCCGCCAAGCUGCGACAGCUGCUGAAGCAGCGAGCCGCUGCCUGCCUUGCCGCUGCCAGUGUGGCGGAUGGAGUGGCUAAGAGAUGUGGGAGAGACAGGAGAGUGGGAGGAGGAAAAGGAGGAGGAGGGAGCAUGGGUGUGUUUGAGGUGGUGGAGGAGGUGGAAGCAUGGGCGAAGCACUGUGCGAGCGAUUACACUGCUGCCCUCGCUGCUAUAUCCUCCCAGGCCGUAACAGCCUCUCAGCCAUUCACCUUAUGCCACGUCACCGCCCACAUGGCACAGUGGGCCAUCCCCAGGCCACUCCCGCGCCCAGAUGCAAUCUCCACCGUUCAUCCGCCCCACCCCGUUGAAGAUCUACGGGCACAGCUGUGCAUGGCAAUCCUUAGGCGAGUAGCUGUGAGUCUCCCCCCUGCGCUGUCACGGGUGGUCAUGGGGAGAGGGGCGGUGGGUGGUGGGAGGUGGAGGGUGAAGCGAGUGUGCUGUGGGCCUGGGGAAACAAGCUACUUAUCACAACACCACCAGCAGCAGCAGUCCCAGCAGCAGCAGCAGCAGCAGCAGUCCCAGCAGCAGCAGGAGAGGAAGCAGCGACUGCUGAAUCAUUACCUGGACGAGGGUCUGGGCGUGGAUGCGUUGCGAUUGGUCCACGUGGCAGGGGAGAUCCUGCAGAUGUGGCGGGAAGGUGCAGCAGCAAUGCGAGCUGCCUCUGCUGCUGCUGCCGCCCAUUCUUCUUCUGCCUCUGCCUCUGCCUCUGCCUCUGCCUCUACUGCUGCUAGUGCAAGGCACCACCCAUCAAGCCCAUCAUUCACACCCCCCACAUCCCCCAUUCCGCCCCACAUGGCACUAGACGAAGCAGAGACCCUGCUGGAGCAGAAGAUAGAGGCAGAGGGGCGGGUAGUGGCUGCUCUAGCUCUCAUCUGCUUCGUAACUGCUGCCUGGAUGUCCCACCGCCCUCUCACCCUCGCUCGACUGCUCGAGCCGGUGGUGAGGGAGCGAGGAGGGGAGAGAGGAUGGAGAGGGGUUGGAGAGGGCGGGUUAGGGGAGAGAACUGGGGGAAAUGGUGAAGGGGAGAGAGUGGGGCGGAGUGUGGGGGGGAGGGUGGGUGCUGGGGGGGUUGGUGGAGCGCCUGUGUUGCCUGGGGAGGGGGAGGAUUGCCUGCAUUGGUUUCUGGGGCUGGAAAGGAAUGGGCGAGGUGCGGAAGGGGGAGAGGGAGGGGAUGGGGAGCAGGGAUUGGGGCUGGUGCAUAGAGGAGGGGGUGUUAAUAAUGGUGCAGGGGGGGAGAGAAAGGCGGAUAAGGAGAAGGAGGUGGGGCUGGGUGCAGGGGAGAGUGGGGGCAGGGAUGAGGAGGGCAGAUUCAUCGGACCUGGACGGGCGGUUGUUGAGGGGCAGGUGGUGGUCCUAUCAGAGGACGACAUGUGGCGCGUUGUGGGCGCGUCAGUGUGGUCGCUAGUGGAGCGGUAUGUGAGGAAGCAGGCGGUGCCUCCGUCGCUCAUCAGCCGGGCGUUCCAGUCGUUUGGGUGGAUGUCACCUGUCCAGUCAUACCUGCAGAACCAGCAGCAGCAGCAGCAGCAGCAGCCGCAGCAGCCUCAGCACCUGCAGCAGCAGCAGCAGCAGCAGCAGGGUCGUUUGUUUGGCCAGCCCAGCCAUUCUCAGCAGCAGCAGGGGGGGCAGCAGGGGGGGCAGCAGGGGCAGGGAGCACGCAGUCCCAUGCAAGCCCCCCCGGCUCACCCUCACCAUCCCUCCCACCUCCUUCCCCAGCAUCACAACCACAACCAGCAGCAGCAGCAGCAGCACUGGCAGCCACCGCACCACUUUGUUCCCUACAGCCCACCCCAAAGCGGCACCACCACCCCCACUCUCUCCACCCCUCCUCUCUCACCCCACCUUCACCCGCAUGCCCUUCUUUCCCCUGACCAGCACCAACACCAGCUGCUCCAGCAGCAGCAAUACCACCAUCACCACCAUCAGCAGCAGCAGCCCCCACCUGCCCCCUCCUCUUUCUUCUCUGCUUUCUCCCGGCCUUGGACCUCCCCUGCUUCCCCUGCCCCUUCCUCCUCCUCCUCCCUCCUUUCCCCCGCGCCCUCCUCUACUCCCUCCCCCGCGCCCUCAUACCUGAAGCCAACAGGGGCAGCAGGAGGGGGGAUGGCGGGGGCAGCAUCAGCAGCUGCUGCAGCGGCGGUGGCAGCAGCAGCCCAAGCAGCGGAUAGGGCAGCGGGAGGGGGAAAGCAAAGGGCAGGAGCAGGCGCAGGGUCAGGCGGAGGGAGAGGGGGAAGCAGAGAGGCAGCAGCGGAUCCAGCACAUUUGUUUCCACAGGCGCUCCUACCAGAUGCGUGUGCUGCUACAGCAGCCUCUGACGCGCUGGUCCUCGCGUCUGCACGCGUGGCGUCUGCCCUCAGGCGCCAGCUGGCGGCACACGUCAGCACCCGCAUGCACGUGCGUGAGGGGGCAGCAUCAGGAGUACAGGGCGUGGGCACCACCACCAAGGGGAAUACUAGGACUACGAGGAAUACACAGGUCGCUGCAGGUGGCAGUGGUGGUGCUGGUGGCGGUGCCACUGAUGGUGGUUCGAAGGAGGAGGCUGUUUGUGCGUAUGCACGUUUGGCGUCCCUAGCAGUAGAGGAUGGGCUGCUGCAGUGGCUGGCAGAUGAACACUCGCUGCAUCACAACCACCUGCACGGGGGGCAGCACGUGCAGCAGCAUGGGCAGUACAUGUCGCGGCACCAUGGCAACAUACCCUCGCACCCAGACGCACAUGCGCAUGGUGCUACUGCUGCACAUGCUGCCCAUGGUGUCCAUGGUGUCUCCACAAACUCGCACUCACCCUUCCCGCCUUCCACACAUCCCGGCACAGCUAGUGCGGCAGCUACAGCACCAAGAGAAGCAGGGAUUGCACCAGGCACCACCGCAGGAGGAAUUGCAGGGGGAAUGGCAGGAGGGUUGGCAGCAGGAAUGUCUCUCAGCAGUGUCGCUCCGACAGGCCUUGAGUCAUGCCCUUUGCUCCCUGACGUACCCCAUACAGUGCUCGAGUCCCCUGAAUCGGGCCCUGUUCUAGUCCUUGCUGCUGCAGCAGAUGUUUCUUAUAUCGAAGCUGCUAGUAAUGGGGUAGAAGGGCCUGGAGGUGCUUCUGGUGCUGCUGCUGCUGCUGGAAAGGCUGGUGGGAGGCUGGAGGGAGGUAGACCUGGGGUAGGUGGUACUACCAGGGGACCUUCCGUUUUGGGGAAAAGUGGAUUGGGAUCAACAGGGGUGGGAGGGGCGAGGGCAGGAGGAGGGGGGAAGGAUGAAGGGAAGGAGGGUAGGGGAGGGGUGGGAGGAAAAGGGGGGAAGGGAGUGGGGGAGGGAGGGGCAUGUGAUCUGGGUGAGUGGGGGAGGGCCCUGAUUGGGCUGAUUGGGAGAGAGAAGGAGGUGGAGGGAGGAGGGGGGAAGUGGGGGAGCGCAGGGGGGAGCAUGGGGGAUGUGAGGGAGCAGGCGAUGAAGGGGGGAAUGAGUGAGGGCGAGCAGGGGGGGAGGGUGAAAGGAGGGGCAGGAGAAGAACCAGGCGAUAGCAAGUCGGGUGAGGGGGGAGAGGGGGGAGAGAGGGGAGAGGAGGAAGAAGAGGCAGGUGUGAGAUGGGCGAAAACAGCCCUGGGGGAACCACUGGAGGUGCUGAAAACGGGGGGAGAGUUACUGGAAGGGGUCUGUGUGAAUGCACUGAAUCCGAGGCAAGCAGUGGUGGCCACCAACCGCAAGGGGGUGCUUUUCUUUGACAUUCACAGUGCCUCAGCUUCCCACUCCUCCUCCUCUUCCGGGCACCUCAGUGCCUCUGCUGCUUCCUCUGGUUACCCUGGUUACCCUGGUGCUUCUGGUUACGGCAGUCAUGCUGCUGCAGCCGGCCUUGGCUCUGCUGUGUUUGACAGUCUCUGGGCGUCGGCCUGCUGGCCUGCAGACAGCUAUGCAGGCCGCGUUGCCACGCCCCCUCUCGCCCACUUCGCCCUCCUCACCCACUCCCCUAGCGGCCGCAUGAACCUACCCGGUUCUGCUGGUGGAGGUGGCUGGGGCGGGGGAGCAGGGCAAAGCGGGGAGAGCAUGGGAAGCAGUGGGGCCGGGAGCAUGGGAAGCGGGGGAGGAGUGGGCAGGUUGGGUGGGUUCGGGAGCAGCAGUUUCAACAGUGCUAGCAUCAGCAACAACCCUGCUAACACCUCCUCGCCCUUCUCCCCAAUAGGCUCGGCGGUGGUCCGGGGCACGGCGGCUCGGGAUUCGUCUUAUGCGGGCGGCGUGGGGAUGGGGAUUCCGGGGUAUGGGGGAAUAGGCGCGUGGGGAUUGGGGUGGGAGGACCUGGAGGAUGCGGAGGAGGGGUAUGUGGAUCCGCCUGCCACAGCUGAGUCUGUAGCGGGGAGGGCGCUGGCGGCUCACCCCCUCAGACCCUUCUUCCUUGUUGGCUCCACCAACACGCAUGUCUAUCUCUGGCAGGUAGGUCGCUCUGGCAACUGUGUUGGGGGUUUGGUGCACCAGCAGCAACAGCUACGUACGAGUGCUGCCCGCUGCCAACACGCCUGUGCCGCUGGUCUUCCGCUCCGUCACUGCUCUCUCUCUCUCCUCUGCUACGGGGAGUGCUUCGCCACCGCUGCUGCUGCUGCCCCUGGAAGGAAAGCACUGGCCUCCCCCCCUUCACCAUCUGUCUUCCCCUCCCCAUAUGCCUUCUUCCCACUCCCCCAGUUCGGUGCGCCAGCAGCAACAGCUACGUACGGCGUUCUCCCAGCAGCCAACACGCCAGUGCCGCUGGUCAUCCCCUCUGUCACUGCCCUCUCCCUCCACCGCUAUGGCGAGCGCUUCGCCACCGCUGCUGCGGACGGGACGGUGUCGAUGUGGCAGCUGGAGGUGGGCGGGCGCAGCAACGUGAAGCCCACUGAGACCAAACACUGCUUUGGGAGGAGUGCCAGUGGUGUGGCGUUCAUAGGGGCGAGCAGCAGUGUGCUAGCAGCAGUCGGGCAGAGCCCAUCUCAGGACAACCUAGUCGUGUGGGACUCUCUGGCUCCGCCCAACGCCUCCCGCGUCGCCAUCAACUGUCACCAAGGUGGUGCCACCAGCAUUGCCAUUGUCGACAACACAAUCCCUGCCGCCGCCACAGGGAGCACCGGGGGAGGAGCAGCAGCAGCACGGGGAGUAGCAGGAGGCGGCACCGGUGGAGGGGGAGGAGGACAGCUGUCGGCGUCUCAUUCGCUGAUCGUGACGGGCGGCAAGGGUGGGGACAUCUCGGUGCAUGACUUCCGGGCGCACAGCAGCAGUGUGUCGGCGAUUCUGUCCCUGCCCGGCACGCCACUGUUCCUGAGUGCGGGCAAGGACGGCGAGGUGAAGCUGUGGGACGCCUCGCGCUGCCGGCUGCUCAGGGAGUGGCCGCGUCGGUGUGAUGGAUAUGACUCCCUCAACCCAUGGCAUUCACAUGUGGUGACGGUGAAUGUGGUGGUAUUCUAUUCUACCCAUUCUUUCUACCCAUUCUCAUACCCCUCCUUCCCUUCCCCCAUUCUGUUCCCCGACCUCCCCCUCAUUCUCAAUUCCAGGUCGCUGGCUAACUCUGCUCCUCAUCGUCGUGCUCUUCAUCGUGCUAUCUCCCGGGCUGCUGCUUCAGGUACUGUCUGUGCGGUGCUGGAGAAGAUGGAUAUUCCAGGCGAUACGCAGCCAAUAGAGUUCCGCAACUGGCGCACGUCCCUGGCGUCAGUGUUGGUGCAUGCAGUGGUGUUCUUCAUCUUGCUGCUUCUCAUUGAUGAGUAUUACUUCUCCAGUGCUGCUGGCGGCGGUGGUGGGGGAAAACAUGAUUAG